CGUGGCGGCGCCGGGCCCUGCCGCCCGCCCGCGGGGAGAGCAGCCGCCGUGCGGGCACCGAGCGCGCCCCGGCCCCGCCGCAGCCCGAGCCCCGGGCGGCCGCGGUUGCUAUGUGGCUUCGCGGUGUACGGCCUCCACCGGGUUUGUGCCGACGCCUGCUGGAAGCCAAGCCGGCUGAGGACUAGAGACGCCUGGCCCCAAGCGGGGGGACACUGCGUUGACCCCGAGGCUGCCGCCCCCCCAGAAAGUGCCCGGUCGGCGAGGGAGGGGGCGAUGCGCUGGGCUGCCGCUGCUGCCUGUUGAACCUGUGGAGGUUUUGGUGCCUGCCUGGGGUGCGCUGAGCCAACAGCGGCAGCACCCUGAUCCCGACGAGUGGACCUGUGCCUGUGGAUCCUGCCGGAGCCCUCAAGUGAAGGAAACAUCGAGGCCAGGCUGAGGGGGGCCAGGGGCACGUCCUUCUGCCCUGACCUGGUGGCGAUUCCUGCCCUGACAGCCUGACGGUGCUGCAGGCGCUCCGCUCCCCUCGCCCCCUCCCCGGGCCCUGGCAGCCCCCUUGCAGGGCUGCCCCCCUCCCCGACGCUGCCCAGCCUUGGCCUCCAGUCCCGCUGGAGCGCGGCAGCCUGCCGGGCGCUGCCCCCCGCGCCUCCCGGGCAUUGCCCCCCGGGUGCAUCGCCCCCCGCCCCCCCGGGGACCCGCCGCCCGCCGGCAGAGCCAUGAAGCUGCAGGCGGUGAUGGAGAACCUGCAGCGACAGCAGCGCGCGCGGCUGCAGCAGGCGCUGGAAGCGCGGCAGCAGGAGCAGCAGCAGCGCUCCACGCCGCCCCCCGCGCAGCCCCCGCCGGCCCCAGGGCAGACCCCCACCAGCACACCGGCCCGGGGCCGCGGCCAGGAUCCAGCCCCGGCGCCCUCGGAGGAAGGAGCGGAGCCCGAGAGCGCGCACAUCCAGCGGGCACAGAUGGCCGCCCUGGCUGCCAUGCGGGCAGCGGCCGCCGGCCUCAGCCACUCAUCCAGCCCGGGGCUGUCAGAUGAGAGCCAGGCCUCUGAGGAGGAGGAGGAGCAGCAUGGCGAGGAGGAGGAGGAGGAUGGCGGGUACCAGCAGGAGAUGGGCUCCGAGGAGGACGAGGAGGAUCUGAAGGGCAAGUGGGAUGAAGAUGACUUUGAAGAGGACCUGGGUGAAGAAGAGGAGGAAGAGGAAGAGGAGGAGGAGGAGGAGGAAGAGGAAGACUAUGAGGAGGAGGAAGACAUGGGAGAGGAAGGGCUCAGCUCGACAGAGGCAGUGCGGCCAGGUGCAGGAUCCCUGCUGCUCCGCAAGCCCCCGGCACCCCAGCACUACCGGGGCGAGCCGCAGCGGGUGCCGGGCGGGCAGGAGCGGCUGCCCUCCGGACUGGGCCACGCGCAGCCCCCGCUGCCGGCGCCCGACCACGGCGACUGGACCUACGAGGAGCAGUUCAAGCAACUGUAUGAGCUGGAUGGUGACCCCAGGAGGAAGGAGUUCCUGGACGACCUCUUCAGCUUCAUGCAGAAGCGAGGGACCCCCGUCAACCGGAUCCCCAUCAUGGCCAAGCAGGUGCUGGACCUGUACAUGCUGUACACGCUGGUGACGGAGAAGGGCGGCCUGGUGGAGGUGAUCAACAAGAAGCUGUGGCGGGAGAUCACCAAGGGGCUGAACCUGCCCACCUCCAUCACCAGCGCUGCCUUCACCCUGCGCACCCAGUACAUGAAGUACCUGUACCCCUACGAAUGUGAGAAGCGAGGGCUGAGCAACCCCAAUGAGCUGCAGGCAGCCAUCGACAGCAACCGGCGGGAGGGCCGCCGGCAGGGCUUCGGCAGCUCCCUCUUCACCUACUCGCCCGGCGGCACCCACGGCCUCCUCUCCUCCCCCAAGCUGCCGGUGCCGGCGCUGGGGCUGGCCUCCGCCACCAACGGCGGGUCCAUCGCUCCCGUCCAGAAGAUCAAGAAAGAGGAGGACUCCCCCAUCCCCAUCUCCAUGCCCAGCCGCCUCCCCGUCUCGCUGGCCGGCCACCCCGUGGUGGCAGCCCAGGCCGCCGCGGUGCAGGUGGCGGCGGCCGCCCAAGCCGUGGCGCUGGAGCAGCUGCGGGAGAAGCUGGAGUCGGGGGAGCCCCCGGAGAAGAAGAUGGCGCUGGUGACGGACGAGCAGCAGCGGCUGAUGCAGCGGGCGCUGCAGCAGAACCUCCUGGCCAUGACGGCCCAGCUGCCCAUGAGCAUCCGCAUCAACAGCCAGGGCACCCGCUCGCCAGAGAACCGCCAGGACUCCGCCGCCGGCCUGAGCAGCAACGGCACCAACAGCAUCAGCAUGUCGGUUGAGAUCAACGGUAUCGUCUACACAGGUGUGCUGUUUGCCCAGACGCCCGGCCCUUCCUCCUCCUCUUCCUCCUCCUCCUCCUCGCUCCCCUCCUCUGCCUUCAGCAAAGGCAACGGCGGCAGCGGCGGCAGCCGGAGCAGCAGCAGCGGUGGCGGCGGCGGGGUGGGGAGCGGCGGCGGCGGCGGCGGCGUCCCCCCCGCGGCCCCCGCCGGGCUGGCCGUGCCCCCCAGCUCUACCUCCAACAACGCUUCGCCUUAACGCCCCCGGCCCCCCCGGCCCCUUCCCCCAGCGCCCGCGGCCGCGGCCGGGGGCAGAGCUCGCCCUGCCAGCCCUCGCCCGGCGGCAGCCGGGGCGCGGGGGGCCGGGGUCUCACCGGGGUCUGGCCGGGCACUGCCCUUGUUCUCAUGUUGGUUGGGUUUUCCUUUGCGAGGAGAAAAGCUUUAGCCCGGGGUUUUGCCGGAGCCGCCGGCUGUCCUGCUGCGCCGCGCCGGUCCGGGACCGUUUACCUCACUCACAUCACACUUUGCACUGUACAUUUAUUAUUAUUAUUAUUAUUAUUAUUUUUUAACUCGUGUUACCUCCAGACAGACGCACGGACGCCUGCCGACGCGAGCUUUAGUGAAACCCCCCGGCACUCUCUAAAGGAAAAAUAGAUAAAAAAAAAUUGGAAAUCGGGAGAUAUUUUAUUCAUUUAGAUCCUUUUCCCUCCCCCUUUAUUUUGAGAACUACACUCACUAUAUGGGAUUUUAAGAGGUUGUUGUUUGAUUGUUUUGUUGUAAAUAGCUUCUAUUUUAUUCUCUAAAAAGAAAAGAAGAGAAAAGAAUCGAACUUUAACAUGCAAAUGAUAUAUAUUAGUGUUCAUCAGGGAAACGGGAGCUUGGAAACCGCGUAACCUCCUUUCUCCUCUCCUCUCGUUGCUGUCGGUGGCCGGGUCCAGCUCCGCUCCUUCCCCCGGGAGCCCCGAGACUCUGCGCGGGGGGCUGGGGGUCUGGCCCGCCUUUGGGGGUGCCGUGGGAGGGGGACACGCUGCCCAUCCCACCUGGCCGGCGCAUCCUUGGGAACCCGCUGCUUUCAGGCUGUCGCUUUAUUUCCUCAGCAGAGAAAAUUGAGCCGAAAGCCGUCACACACACACACACCCCCCCCCGCCACCGAACCCCCAACCCACGCUGGGGAUGGGGAUGGGGGGGUCUGGCGUUAAACCGCGGUGGCAGCGGCAACCCGGGCUUUACCGCGGGGCUGAUUUGCUCAGCGAAGGCGGGAUGCUCCCCCCUGCAUCCCCCCAGCAUCCCCACAGGGUGUGUGUGGGGGGGAAGCGGGGCCAGGAGCCGGGCUGUGAGCAAAUCUUUAUUUUUAUUCCCCGUCCCCCUCCCC